AUGACAGAACGAUUCGAAAUGGUGUCUAGAGGCGAUUCGACAGAUGGUGAUCUUCCAGGGAUGCGAUUUGUGGUCACUCUCGUCAAGGACCCAUCAAGUGGACUUGGCCUCACAUUGGUGGACGGUAAUCUCAAUGGCGUCAAGGGUGUCUAUGUGAAGUCUGUUGCUGAAAAUGGUGCUGGAAUGCGAGCUAAAUCCAAUUUGGAGUGGACCGAUGAGUUGGAAGAAGUUGGUGAAGAAGCUGAAGUAGAGGAUGACAUCAUUUAUGUGGAAUUGGAACGCAACUCAGUCGGUUCAUUGGGUGUGCAGAUCGCAUCCGUAAGUGGACGAGUCUGUAUCAAACAACUGACAGCUGAACCUGCUGCUAGUCAUCCAGAUAUUCACGUCGGUGACGCUCUUAUCUAUGUGAACGGUGAGCCGGUGUCCAAUAAAUCGCACCAAGAAGUGGUGUCAAUGUUACGUAGUGGCGGUAACGUCGUGACGUUGGGAUUACGGCGUGAAUCACAGAAAAACGGCAAUAUUAUCACUGCAGUGCUGGAGAAGAAGCCGGAAGGUUCUUUAGGGCUUUCCUUAGCGAAGAGGACCGGUUCCGAUGGUAUUUUCAUCAGAAUGAUCGCUGUGAAUUCAGCUGCUGCUAUGGAAGGCAGUCUACGUGUGGGUGACCGUCUUUUGUCGUUGGACGGUGAAAGCGUAACCGACCUCACACCAACAGCUAUUUUGGAGCGAUUGCGUUCCAUUCAGGGCGCCGUACAUAUCACCGUAUCACGGGACUCUCAAUAA